GGCAUGUUCUCCUUCUUCAGCUCGCUGACGGGUAGCACCAAGCUCACUCGAGAGGCGUUGGCACCGGUGAUGGCCAAGAUGCGCCUUCACCUCAUUGAGAAGAAUGUGGCACAAAAUAUCGCGGAAAAGCUGUGCGAGAGCGUGGAGGAGCAGCUGGUGGGCACCGAGAAAUCAAGCUUUAGCAGUAUUGCCACUGUGGUUCGACAGGCCAUCUCUGAUGCCCUCACGCGCAUUCUCACGCCCAAACGACAAGUCAACAUUCUCCGCGACGUGCGUGAGGCACAACGUCAGCAACGCCCCUAUGUCAUCACGUUUUGUGGUGUAAACGGCGUGGGCAAGUCCACCAACCUGUCAAAGAUUGCUUUUUGGCUGCUCAGCAACAACAUGCGCGUGCUUAUUGCCGCAUGCGAUACGUUCCGCUCGGGUGCCGUGGAGCAGCUCAAGACCCACUGCACCAAGCUGCGUAACAUGUUGCAGCAAGACGAUCAGCAAGCCCCCAUUGUCAGCAUCUUCGAUCAAGGUUAUGGCAAAGACGAUGCGGGCGUGGCGGCGCUGGCCAUCAGCUUGGCCAAAACCGAGGGCUACGAUGUCGUGCUGGUCGACACAGCUGGUCGCAUGCAAGAUAACGAGCCGCUCAUGCGCUCACUGACCAAGCUGAUCAAACAUAACAAGCCAGACCUGGUUCUUUUUGUGGGUGAAGCGCUUGUGGGCAACGAAGCCGUCGAUCAACUGACAAAGUUUAAUAAGGCAUUGCAAGACUUUUCCGAAUCGUCUCAGCCCCGCACACUUGAUGGCAUCGUGCUCAGUAAAUUCGACACGGUUGACGACAAGGUGGGUUCGGCCAUCUCCAUGACCUACAUUACCGGCCAGCCCAUCGUGUUUGUGGGCACCGGGCAAGAUUACUAUGACCUCAAGACGCUUAAUGUUGAGUCGGUUGUCCAAGCGUUGCUCAAGUAGUCCCACCCGCUUCCAUUUCUUCUUCUUUUUUUUUUCAGAUCAAGAUGGCCCUUACUUUUGGCCAGCCUUUUCAAAGAUGCUCGCCGCACGCGCUAGGCAUCAGAGGGUUACUUCCAAAUGCAUUUUCUGACUCC